AUAGUUUUGAUAGUUCGAAGCGGGGCUUAACUUAGAGCCGCAAGGUAUAUUGGGAUACAUAUUUAUAUGCAUGGGCACGUUAUGUUUGGAGGGGUAAAUGGAAGCUAUUUUGGAUUAGCGGGUUGAAGCCAUAUUGCAUGUCAUGCACAACUUGUCAAACAAAUCUACAAAGUUACCAACGGCAAGCCAAAUCGGCAUUUUCAAACCAUUUUAGCUUAGACGACCUAAUGUUAUUUUUCAGCUGUUUAUUCUCGAUUAUAAUACUGUUUUUAAUAUCACAAGAGCUGUUUUAUAAUUGCAGCUAAAACUUACGCGAUCCGAUAACUCGUGAUUGCAAUUAGCUGCGCGGGUCACAACAGUCUUAUCUGAAUGAAGCAGCUUUUUCAGCCGGUGUGACUACUCGUAAGCCACGAUUGGCUUGAACUUAAGUACAACAAAGCAUAAAAAUUUUGAGUUUGAAGGUAAUAUAGAUUUAGUAAUAUUCAAUUAUAAGCGCCACGAAGUUUCUGCAAGCCAGCGUCUUAGAUGUUUUUAUACAUAUGAUCAGUGAAGCUUUGCUAGAAAUGCAUAUGGCAUAACUAACAUCAGAAAAUAAAUUGAUACGUAUUUAUAUUUUUCUAAAAACCUAAUUUAUAGAUUUCUUCCAUCAUUAUUUUCCAUUUUCUCAAUUCCAAUAUUAGUUAUUCCGCAACUUUAUUUGACCUCUACGUGGCUUAUAAGUUAUAGCUGACCGCUCAACUGCUCAGUUCUUUUCUUCAGGUGUUGCAACUUCAGGUCAAGUUCAUAUUACUUAUGAUGAAAGUGGAACUGAACUGGAUGAUGAAUUGAAACUAAAAUUAAUAUUGAAUUAGAAGAAACUUAUGACCGAAAGAUCACGAAUGUGUUAAAGUAAGCCUCACGACUCGCGAUUGAGCCAUUCCUGUUUGCGACUUAUUUGCUGACAAAACAAAAGGACGACAUCUGACCCAUGUAUUAAGAUAGGCCUCAAAUUGGCUUAUUCGAAAGACAAACUGAAAAGCGAGAUUACUCUUUAAUCGCUUUGGGGUCAUUGUGACGAUAUAUGGAAAGAUCGCAAGACACAAACUGAAGUUUAGCUUUACACUUGACUAAACCUGGAUGGAGUUUUGGGCGAUGCUGAUUGGCUGAUCAGGGGGUGUUGAUCUUACAUAUUCUCAAUACUCAGACUAGCGCGUUAUUCUUAAAUCAAACAUUUGAAUCUCAGUUUGACAAACACCGCAAUGGAGAAUUGUAACAGUGACAGUUUUCUCAGCCUAUUUGAAGAACCUUGUAGCUUCUCAUCUACCAUGAAUCAAAGUUUAGAGCCAUCAUCAACGGCAGGAAACAACCCAGUGAAUGUCCAGGAUGCCAAUGUGCAAGUGUUCGACAUGGGAUCCCAGUCGGUGAUGGAUCUAUCGACGAUGGAGUUCCCAAUUUCGCCUUGUCCGAGCGACGCCUCGAACGCUACGACAUCUUACUACAAUCCAAACCCGAAUCCUACGAACUCACAAAUUCUGACAGCAGAUGGUCAUCAGGUUGUUGCCAACGUCUUGCUGUCUCCCAGUUCCUUAAAAGGUCACAUUCAUACAGGACACGGGGAAGAAAGUGACUGUUGUUCCUCAUCUUCAGGCUACUUUUCUUCGGAAAGCAGUCCCCUUAGCUCAACAAUACAGCCAAUUUCUACUCGAUCAUUCUUCAGCAACGACAAAACUCUUCCGGUUCUACCUGUCGCGAACUGCAAGUCACAAAUGACCAGACAAAAUCUCAGUUUUAUUAGCCCCCAAAAUGACAACAAAAUUUUUACUCGAGAGCCCAAAUAUGACACUGGUUCUGAGUUUUUGCACACAAUUCCUAGUUUUGAGCCUGCAAACAAUCUUGCAGACAAUUUGAGUUCUCUUAACUGCCUGGAAACAUUCAACCCACUUAUAGAUGAUUUAGAUUUUAAUCCUCACCAAAACGAUCAAUCCGUUAUAUUUGGAAACAGCGGCGACUUUUUCAGCAUCGAUAAUAAUCAAAAUUACAAUGGUCAGCUUAUUUCCACGAAUGAUUUAACUUCGGGAUGUGACUAUUAUAAGCAAACCGAGUCUGAAUUGAUACUUAGCAAUGUUGUUUCCACUGACGAUCUCACAUUUGACGAAACAAUUAUCAGUGGAACAAUUCCUGAGAGCCCUCAAAACGCUCAAAAUCACUGGUCUAUGAAAAACGGGGAAAACGAGGAAACGCCACAUUUACAAAACAAGAUGAGUAAGUCUGAGAUGAUCGAAAAAAGUGUUUCAUCUACCGUCAAGCUUUAUUCAAACGAUAAAAACAUAAAAGAAGAGCCAGGACGAAAAAACUGUUGUGCAAGUGUUCGAAAAAAUAAUGACAUCAUGCAACAAAAUUCCACUACCAACAUAUAUUUAGUUCCUGUGGGCGCUUCGAGCAAAAUUACUAAUCCAGACUUUCAAAAGGCCGACAAGCAGACAACAAAAAGAGGCCGAAAAGAGAAAACUAACGAAAAUACGUCAGUUAUACAUAAUGAAACGUCUACAAAGGUUGCUGAAGACAGAGAUGAGUCUAAGCCGCAAAAGUUCCAGAAACUUCUGAAAGGCAAACAGCAGACGUCUGUUAAGUAUAGAGUGAUAGCUGCAAAGCCAAUUGCAAUUCUACAGAAACAUGAAGCUCAAAAACGGGCCCAGUUUGAAAAUAGACAAACGAUGUUGGAUUUGCAAGGAUCUGGCGGGACUCCUGAUCAGACCUCGUUGGGAUCCGAAGAGUACUCGCAGUAUGACGGACGGGAGCCCGGAGGCCGCUGGAGUGCGAUCAUGAAACUUCCACAGGAGCUGAUCAACGCAGCUGCAGCCGCCCCUGGAUUCGUGUAUAAGCCGAGACCCUACAAGAGGUUCCUUGAUCCUAGUGUGAAAACUUAUAAAUGCUACUUCGACGGGUGCAGCAAAUGUUACAGCAAGAGUGCACAUCUCAAAGCACAUCUCAGGAGACACACAGGUGAGAAGCCAUUCGUCUGCACGUGGGAGAGUUGCGAGUGGCGGUUUAGCCGAUCGGAUGAACUAUCCAGACAUCUGAGAUCCCACAAUGGCAUCAAACCCUAUCUGUGCAAAAUAUGCGACAAGAAGUUUUCCAGGUCCGACCACCUCUCAAAACACAUCCGAGUUCAUUCGAUCAACCAAAACGCUUCAAGUACAGUCCCUCUUUCCAGUCCAGAUAACACCCAAUCUGCUAAUUCAACAGCUGCUAAUGGAACUAUAUCUUCUCCUGACGAGAUGCUCUCUCCAAACAGUGCGAUGUACUCUAAUGAAAUCAAUUAUGGUAAAGAGCCGUUAUCCGUUAGUGGAACGUAUUCUCCAAACUCAAUUUUUGCCAAAAAUUCCAAUUUUUCUUCGACAAUUCCGCAAAAUGCAAGCACAAACAGUAACUUUCGAGCAGCUGUCGGCCAGGAAAGCAGAAGUGCCACAAGCACUUUACAGGAUCUGAACUCUUACGGACAGAACGUUGCAACUCCUAUGAGUGUUUCUAGUCUGGUAGGCUCCACGAUUCACUCAGCCGAAAAGACCGCUUGGGCUGAGAGAGCAGAUGCAUACAUUGUACAGCGUCCUGAAAAGCAUCAAAAAGACCAUUCAUUGAACAAGUCGGCUAUGUUACGCGACCUUCUCAACGAGAAGCAAAGAAAACAUCAGAAUAGUCAAAAUCAAGUUCAAAAACAGAACGCACAGCCUGAAAUUACCCCAAAUAUGUCAACUUCGCUUACCCCAGCAGGUCAAAUGAAUUCUGCUUGGGAACCUCUGCCACCGAAUGGGAGUCGAGUUGAGUUCGUCUCUGGUCCGAAUGGAUCUCGCGAAAUGUUCGUGGCCGAAGUCCAAAUGCAACCUCAAAGAGCAGAAAACGUUUCCUCAUUUUCGUAUCAACAACAACUCUCUGUUCCAUUGAUGAGAGCGUGCGAAAAUGGAACACACAGAUGUCGCGAGUGCUUCGAAAAAAAGUUAAGAUCGCGUGAUAAUGCGAACUACAACAUGCAGCAAAUUUAUUUUUCCGACAACAAUGUUGGCAACGAGUGCGACGUGAAGUUUUCUCAAAUCUGGGACUUACCGCCUUGUUUGAUAACUCAAGACUACUUCCAAAAUUCUCCUUCUAAGGCCAUCUCACCGGAAAUCACCAUGAAUGAAAUUAAUGAACUCGUGGCAAAAUGCGGAGCUGAAUGGCCUUUAUCGAACUAAAACGGAAUCAAAGAUUUUUGCUUUAGAAACUACUAUAAACUUGAUAAAAACAAGACUUGACGCUUUUUUCAACGUUUUCUAGCUUUAUUUUUUAUACAAAUUUUUGAUAACAUGGUUUAAUAUAGCAGAUUACUUCACUGAUAUUAUAGAAAUUGUUUUCGAUGCGCUUAUUUUAAAUAUUGGACUGAAAUUAAUUAUAUAACUAUAAGUUGAUUGCUGCUUACUUGCAAAUGCCUUUCAAAACUGCCUUUCAGCACUAUUUCACAAAACAGUUACUUUAAUUUGUUUUCUCCCGAGACAUCUUUAUUUCCCACCUUCAGCGACAAAAAAAAACAAAUUGUUUACUAAACAAACUUUUGUCGUCACAGAGCUUUUCCUUAAUCUAAACUUUCCUAUCACUAUUCCGCGAAAUGCUUCCACGCAGUAAAAUCUGCUGAAUGCAAGAUAAAUUCCAAUACUUCAAAUUGUACGAAAACAUUAAUGCUGUAAUUAAAUUUGAAUUCGAAUUUAUUGAAUUUCUUGGAAAACUAUGAUAUAAAUUACACAUCACCUUGAAUUGUUGAACUUCUAACAGAAAUGAUAAUAAAUUUUAUGAGUAGCACUAAAUCCUACAAUUGGCUUGACUGCUUCAAUACUGUACAAAUUAUGUUCCAAGUGCCUUUCUAUUGU